CUCACUUCACGUGCAAUAACCAGUGAAAGGGCGAUAAAAGAACUCGUCCAAAAUGUGGAAUUAUUUUUAUAUUUUUAAUUACAUUUGUUGCAUAAAUGCUGUUACUUAUAAUACUUUCCAUGGAGUUCCGGCAACAGCCGAAGAAAUAGUUAAAUUUCAAGAGAGAAAAAACGCUCAUAUAUGCUUAUCCAACUUCGAGCCGUGUGAUGAGAACGAGUGGAGCCGCGUGGAUGGCUCCUGCGACAAUCUGGAGCAUCCUACUCUUGGCAUGUAUAACACUCCGAUGUCGAGAAUGUUGCCGGCCUAUUAUAGUGAUGGUUUCGAACCGAGGAAGACAAAAUCAGGCAAAGACUUCGACCUCGCGAGACAAUACCGCUUAUCACUACUUAAAGUGGGUGAGGGAAUUAAUGAGGAAUUAACUACCGCCGUCUCGUACUUUAUGGUGUUCGUGACGGCUGAUAUAGGAUCCGCUCAUGAUGUUGCAAAUUAUAUACUCUCUCUAACGAAUUGCUGUCAACCAGAAGGUUUAAGUAAUCCGAUGUGCACGCCAAACUAUGUACCUGAGAACGAUUACUUGCACAGAUUUACUGGCAUCACUUGCCUGAAUAUGACCAGACCGCUGUCGUUCCAGAGCUCAGGAUGCGUAGCAGCUGACACGGUUCCUGAGAAGAUAAAUUUGACAACAACCAAUUUUGACCUAUCGACGGUAUAUUCACACGCUGCGGGAUCUAUCAACCAAAUCAGGGCCUUCGAAGGUGGUCGGCUUAAAGUUGAAGUUGUUGAAGACGGUAUUUUUCCAAGCGACGCCAACGCCAACACUACCUGUUUCUUAAAGGAAGCUGCUGAGACAGGUUGCAGCAGGAAUGUUCCAAACGGUUUGCUCGGCACGAAUAUGCAUGUCGUGUGGUUCUGGAGAUUCCACAAUCUGAUCGCGGACACGUUAGCCAAGCUGAACCCCUGUUGGGAUGAUGAAACUCUGUUCAACACCGCGCGAGAUAUCAACGUUGCCUACUUUGUACAAAUUCUGUAUUAUGAGUUUUAUGCUAUUAUAUUAGGCAGGGAUAAUUUGAUAAAAGAGGGAAUUAUCGGGUGUGACAAUGGGUUUAGGGAUCUUUACGAUACCGAAGUUCAUCCUGGAUUAUACAACGAAUUCGGUUAUGCUGCACGCUGGUUUCACGGCACGCAGGACGCGAGACAGCGAAUGUACGACAAAAAUGAUAAUUUCAUUGACACGCUUGCUGUCGUCAACUACUCUCUUCGCUCGCAAAAUCUAGCAUUCAACAAAACUAUGGAGGGAUUGGCGCAUGGCAUCUAUAUGCAAGCUGCUGCAGCAUUCGACGAUACUGUACACCCUGAUCUCGCUGAUCUUGGUCUUGGUGGAUUUCAACGUUCAUUUGACAUCCUUACAGCUGACUUGUCCAAGGGAAGAUAUUUUGGAUUCGCCCCCUACAGCCAAUACAGAGAUUUAUGUACCGACUACACUAUCAAGCAUGAGAAAUUCGAAGACUUAAACUACCUCAUGAGUGCUUCAAAAAUAGAAGAGCUCCAAAUACUUUACGAGCAUUUAGAGGAUGUUGAGCUGAUGGCGGGUAUUUGGUCUGAGAACCUGAUGGAAGGAGCGUGGGUACCGCCAACCGUCUACUGCCUUACCAUGAACCAACUGAAGAGAAGUGUGGCCAGUAACCGUCAUUGGUACGAAAGACCCAACAGACCACACGCUUUCACCAAGGCACAAUUAUAUGAAAUCCGGAAGGCGUCGCUGGCCGGCCUGCUGUGCGCAGUUGGAGAUGGUAUUUCCGAAAUCCAACCACAAGCUUUCUUGAGAAUUGGCCCCGGGAAUUAUAAGGUGAGCUGCAAGUACAUACCAAGAUUAGAUCUCACUGCAUGGAAGGACAGAAGUUGUUAAUAAACAAAUCACUUUAAAAAAUA